GAAGAAUCUUGUGAACUCUUUUGUCUAUGGUCUUACUUAUGGGUUCUCACAAAGCGUCAUAUAUUUGGGUUUCAUACUCACCUUUGGUUUUGGUGCCUAUCAAGUGACACGCCCACCAGGCCAUAUUGCACACGAGUCCUUCUCUGACUUACUGACAGUUCUGAUGGCUGUCAUCUUUGGUGCUGUAGGUGCAGGGCAGGCCUCUUCCUUUGCUCCUAAUUACACUAAAGCUAAGCAAUCAGCUAACAGGAUAUUUGCACUGUUAGACAGAGAACCAGUGGUUGAUGGAUACUCUGAAGAUGGUCUCAAACCAGAAAAAGUUGUUGCUCGUAUUGAAGUGAAAGACGUUGAGUUUAAUUAUCCUGCCAGACCUGAUGUUCAAGUCCUUCAAGGUCUGUCACUCUCUGUAGAACCUGGCCAGACUCUGGCACUUGUGGGUCCCAGUGGGUGUGGUAAGAGCACAGUUGUCUCACUCAUUGAGAGGUUUUAUGAUCCGUCGAGUGGAAGCUUGAAGCUGGAGGAGCAAGAUAUUCGGGAUUUGAAUAUACGGUGGUUGCGUAAUCAGAUUGGUAUAGUAUCACAAGAGCCAGUAUUGUUUGAUAAAUCAAUUGCUGAUAAUAUACGCUAUGGAGCUAACUUUAGAGAAGUCACUGAUGAAGAGGUCAUUGAAGCUGCUAAAGCUGCCAACAUACACAACUUCAUACAAACACUGCCUCAGGGUUAUGCGACCAAUGUUGGGUCUAAGGGCACUCAAUUGAGUGGUGGACAGAAACAACGUAUUGCUAUAGCAAGAGCUCUAGUGAGAGACCCAAAGAUACUCCUACUGGAUGAAGCUACCUCAGCUCUUGACACAGAGAGUGAGAAGAUU